GGGGUCGGGGUCGGGGGGACGAUGUCUCCCGCCAGUCCGGCUUUGCUGCUCUGGGUUUACUUCACCACAUUGUGGCGUCGCGGUGAGGCGGUGGGAGACAGUUCUGCAAACCAACUAAAGGUGGUCAAAGUCCAUUCGGAAAACAUCACCCGUAUCCUGGACAGACUGCUGGACGGCUAUGACAACAGACUCCGACCAGGAUUUGCAGGUCCUGUGACUGAAGUGAAAACCGAUAUCUAUGUGACAAGUUUUGGUCCUGUAUCUGAUGUCGAAAUGGAAUAUACCAUGGAUGUCUUUUUUCGUCAGACCUGGAUUGACGAGAGGUUGAAGUUUGAGGGACCCAUUGAAAUCCUGCGGCUGAACAAUCUGAUGGUCAGUAAGAUCUGGACGCCCGACACCUUUUUCAGAAACGGAAAGAGAUCCAUCGCUCACAACAUGACGACUCCCAACAAGCUCUUCAGGAUCAUGAAGAACGGCACCGUGCUCUACACCAUGAGACUCACUAUAAACGCGGAAUGUCCCAUGAGACUGGUGAACUUCCCAAUGGACGGACAUGCUUGUCCCCUCAAGUUUGGCAGCUAUGCAUAUCCGAAAAGCGAAAUCAUUUAUACAUGGAAGAAAGGCCCUUUGUAUUCAGUUGAAGUGCCUGAAGAAUCCUCAAGUUUGCUUCAAUACGAUCUGGUGGGGCAGACGGUGUCCAGUGAAACUAUGAAAUCGAACACAGGUGAAUACAUAGUUAUGACCGUGUAUUUUCACCUAAAAAGGAAGAUGGGCUACUUUGUCAUUCAGACUUACAUUCCUUGCAUUAUGACAGUAAUUCUCUCUCAAGUGUCUUUCUGGAUUAAUAAGGAGUCUGUCCCAGCUAGAACAGUAUUCGGCAUCACUACGGUCCUCACCAUGACGACGCUGAGCAUCAGUGCCCGCCACUCCCUACCCAAGGUUUCGUACGCGACCGCCAUGGACUGGUUCAUCGCUGUGUGUUUCGCUUUUGUCUUUUCCGCGCUGAUUGAAUUCGCGGCCGUGAACUACUUCACCAACCUGAAGGCCGAGAAGGACCAAAGGAAAGCAGCCAGAGCCGCGGCGUUUGCAGCAGUGACCGGAGUGUGCGAGACCGAGGAGGUCAUCUCGCACUCAGACUCCGAAUGCAACUUGAAGAAAAGGGUCAAUUCUCUGGUACAUCGAAGGCAGUCGGCAGCCAAUGCAUCAGUAGGUGAUGCCAGUAUUAUCACCACCGCACCACACACCUGCACCCCACCUUGUGUUCCCAUCUUUCCACAAGGUGCCCACACUGGUACUAGCAAAAUAGACCAGUACGCCAGGAUCUUAUUCCCGCUCUCGUUUGGAGCAUUCAAUCUGGUGUAUUGGGUCGUGUACCUCUCAAAAGAUACUAUGGAAAUGAGCAGUAAUAUUUAAUGUGACGAUGCCAUACGUUGCAGGUACAGUAUAUACAAUUAGACGGUAUUGUGUCAGUGUAUAUAGAUACCUAAGGAGUGCGUUAGAAAUAAGGGUUUGUGACAACUGAGUUAACAACACAAGAUGUUGAAGACAAGAUGUGACAAGAUACCUUCUACCUUGAAGCCCAUUCUUGUACAUUCUUGGCUUCUUUCUAACACGUACAGCAUCAAAACCCUCACUGGACAAGCAAGGUUUGGAUUGUGAAUGGAAAUAGAGCAGAGAGGCAAUAAAAUAAUUUGACAAUACAAACAUUACAGAGCGUAUUGAGAGCGCUAAACUCAAUGGAUU